CGCGCAGGAGCACCGAGAUGCGGCGGCCGCCCUUCUAGGCUGCGGGAGACGCCGGCGCGCACCUCUGUGGCCGCGCCGUCCGCCAUGAGCACCGUGACCAAAGCGCUGCAGGUGGCCGCCUUGCUGGGAGUGGGGGCCACCGUGGGCUCCGUGCUCUUCGCGCUGGUGACCCCAGGAGAGCUGCAGAAGAAGGGCAUGCUAAAGGAGAUGCCGGAGCAGAACCCGCGGCUCCAGGACGAGGCAAGCUGGAGGCAGCAGCUGGUGGUGGAGACGCUGCAGAAGGCCGCGGCCACGCAGGAGAACGUGGCCUGGAGGAAGCGCUGGUUGGCUAGCAACCCCGGGAGGUCUGAGUGAGACGGGCCGGCCCUUCUCUGCGAGCCAAGGGGGGAGUCCUGACCUGGACUGUGGCCUCGGGGGAGCGGGUUCCCUCCAACCCCUGUGCACGUCCCCGGCCUGAGUCGGCAUGGAGGUCGGAUGUGACGGACGUCGAACAGUAAAUCCUGCUUGUCUAUCCCGAGCUCUGCAGACC